CCAAUAUGGCUGCCGGAUCAUUAGGUUAUUAGGGCCGAUCACCUCGGCUUUUAUACAAUUUUAUUGCUCUUUUCAACGCUCGUUUAGUAUUAAGCAACAAUUAAUACCAAGUGCUUUCAUCAUGUCUAAAUUAUACAAGUUCUUCAAUUGCCGGCUGUUGCGCGAUGGUGCUCUUAUUAGAGAAGACUUAUGGAUCAGGAGUGGUAAAAUCCUUGAUCCAAGAGAAGUGUUUUGGCAUGAGAAGAUGCAAGCUGAUGUUGAGAUUGAUUGUGGAGGACUCAUCCUUGCSCCUGGCUUCAUAGAUGUACAGAUCAAUGGUGGUUUUGGGGUAGAUUUUUCCACGCCUUCAGAUGUUAUGAAAGAAGGUGUUAUGAAGGUUGCUAAAGGUCUGCUUCAACAUGGCUGUACAUCAUUCUGCCCAACUGUUAUCACAUCUGAAGAAAGUCUCUACAAAAAGGUUCUCCCAAGUAUCAGAAGGACUCCAGGAGGAGCUCAUGGAGCUACAGUUCUUGGGCUUCACGUYGAAGGGCCAUUCAUCAACCCGGACAAACGAGGUGCUCACAAAGAACACUUGAUAAAAAACCUAGAAAAUAUUAACAUUAAAGAUCUGGAGAACUUUUACGGCUCGUUGGACGACGUUAGCAUUAUUACUAUUGCCCCAGAGGUGGCUGGAGAUAUGGAUAUCAUUACAAAGCUGGCAAAGAGAAAGAUUGUUGUCUCUGUUGGGCAUUCAACAGCAGACUUAACCAUAGCAGAACGUGCUGCAGUGAAAGGUGCUACAUUUAUAACGCAUUUAUUUAACGCCAUGUUAGCGUUCCAUCAUCGUGAUCCUGGUAUUGUCGGGCUGCUCACCAGUACCGAGAUUCCUGUGCCAAUAUUCUAUGGUCUGAUAGCUGAUGGUAUCCAUACACAUCCUGCGGCUACUAAAAUAGCACACAGAUCACAUCCAAAAGGUUUAGUUCUCAUAACAGACGCUAUCAUCUCCCUUGGUCUUCCACCUGGCGUGCAUCAGUUUGGUCCGCAAACCAUUGAAAUGCAUAAUGAGAAAGCUACAAUAGCUGGUACCAACACCCUUGCUGGCAGCGUCGCCUCGAUGGAUGAAUGCGUCAAAAGAUUUCGGAAAAUGUCAGGUUGCAGUGUUGUAGAAGCCUUAGAAGCGGCAACACUCCACCCCGCGCAAGUUCUUGGAAUACAAGACCAAAAGGGAACGACCAACCCUGGAGCUGAUGCAGACUUGAUUCUACUCGAUGACAGCCUUACAGUCCAUGCUACUUUCAUAGCUGGGAACCCUGUGUGGCUCAAGAAGGCCGGGUUUGUUUCUCGUUUAAUAGAAGCAAAGUUUAACUUGCCCAGGAAUAUAUUACACUAGUAUAGUUGAUAUUCAUGGUAUUAUAUUCUUAUAGUUUCUUUUCUUUCUUUCUUUUCUUUCUUUCUUUCUUUUUUCUUUAUUUUAAAUUCAUUAAUAAUUUUGGUAUGAACAAGUUUAUUCCAUUAAUCGUGCAAUUCAUUAUUUCUUUGUUUAGCCGGUCAUUUUUAUAUUGUUAUCUCCGUAACAAGAAUUGGGCUAAUAACAUUCACUGCUGUGUCUGCGCAUGCGCCAUGUGUGACAGGCGUGGGUUUGUAUUCCCGCGUAAAUUAUAUUUACCUUUUGUGCAARCAUUGAUAAAGCGUAGUUGAGGCUGUGAGGUGAUCAUAUAUUUAGAAUAUCAAAAACGGUCAAUGAAAAGUCGAACUUUACUUACAGCGCAUGCUCUGUAGAUAGUCUCUGGGUUCUCUAUGGACCUAUGUGAGACUCUUUAAUAAUAGUCCAUUUCGAUUUCAAAAUAAAUAUUUCCAAAGAUAUACUUGAAAACGUACACGUGUAGCCAUAUUUAUACUUGUGCAAUACCUUGCCCUCACUGUCACAGUAAGGAGGCGUCAUAUGUCUGGGUAUACUGCGUCAAUAUACAGUGUAUGUUAGAACUUCCUGCACAAAUGUGCUAAUUUAGCUUCCUUGGGGAAGUAAAGUUGUGUUUGACAUGGAUGCAGCUAGCAUCCUGUAAGAUUCCAAAAUUAUGAUUAUACAACUGCCAUUGACAUGGCAUUUUGUUUUUGUAAGUUUUCUUUUCGGUUGCAAUUGUUACCAUUUGCAGCCCAACAAUUCUCCUUACUCGGAAACUGAUCUUGAACUGGUUCUCUGGUUCAAACUUACCGGGGUUAUACAAAUACUCAAAUAUAACUUUAAAAGUACUACUCUAAUCAAAAUUAACAUUAAAUGUGUAAAAAUAUUAAAAAUUCAGUGUUUGACGGAUAGCGGAAGUUUGUAUAAUGGCAUCAUUUUACUACCACUACCGGAAUGCUUCGCGAAUUUUCUUCCUUCAGAUUUUUGUUCCCAAUGAGACUAUGGUAAGACAACUAAAUAAAUCGUUUUCAAAUUAAUCAAAUGCUGCUGUAUUCGUUCUUAAUCACAGACUCAUACAGGGUUAGUCUUGCUGCGGUGUCCAAUACCAACGGUUAAGUAAAGAAUGGACAACUUGAACAAUAAAAACACUUUGAUAUUACACGGACCUUCAGUGAAACACAUGAAUAUUCUUGCCAAAGUCGAGGCUAACUGAGUAACAGAACUUAAAACUGCGGAGUAGUGGCUACAACAGUAAUGGUGCUAAUUCAGGGGCGGAUCCAAGAAUUUGUUCAGGGGCACAGAGUUGAACCAGGGAGGGUGCGCACCCCUCCCCUGGAUCUGCCACUGUAAUUAACAACAAAAGAAAGUGUCCAAGUAAAUGGUAGUGUUUAUGGUAAUGGUAGUAAAUGAUGCUAUAAUUCAAAUUUCCAAAAAGUAUGGUUUUUUUCCGAAUAAAAUUAUGAGUAAUUGCUAUUUUAGUGCAAUUAAGGCCAUAUUUUGUUCCUUCGAAAAUUGCUUUCGUAAUUUCAUCUAGGACAAUCAAAUUGUAAUUAUAUAGUUUCUAUAAUAUUGAUUAUGAUUAACUAUGAAGUAUU